CUGAUUAAAGGCUGCGUUGGUUAGUUUUCUGGCUCGCUUCGCUUUCUCCGGAGCCGAGAAAGGGGAGGCGGGGGGCUUUCCCCGGCCAUCUCUUUCAACCUGUCCAUGUUGUGAUUUCGGCAGCGACAGCUCAGCCCAGCCGUUCUCUGCUUUAUUUGUGAAGUUGUUGGGGGACCCGCAGGAUGGGACGUUGCCGGCGUUAUUCUGGCGCUUUGCGAACCCUGCAGUUGCUCGCCUGGACUUUCCCGCUGGUGACAUUGGCUUCCUUGGCGGACGAAACCUUGGAGAGAGCCUCGAAAUCCGAAGGCUAUUGCAGCCGGAUCCUGCGAGCCCAAGGCACGAGGCGGGAAGGAUAUAAUGAAUUUAGCCUCCGCGUGGAAGGCGAUCCGGAAUUCUACAAGCCCGGACACAGUUACCGGGUAACACUAUCUGCAGCUACACCAGCCUAUUUUCGUGGAUUCACAUUGAUUGCUUUGAAAGAAGGCAAAGAGGGAGACAAAGAAGAAGAUCAUGCUGGUACUUUCCAGAUUAUAGAUGAAGAAGAAACACAGUUCAUGAGUAAUUGUCCUGUGGCUGUGACAGAGAGUACACCGAGGAGGAGGACUCGCAUUCAGGUGUUUUGGACAGCUCCUCCUUUGGGCACAGGCUGUGUAAUUUUGAAAGCAAGUAUUGUGCAAAAACGAAUUAUUUAUUUUCAAGAUGAGGGAUCUCUCACCAAGAGGUUGUGCGAACAAGACUCAGCCAUGGAAGGUGUGACAGAUAAGCCCAUCUUAGACUGCUGUGCCUGUGGAACUGCUAAAUAUAGGCUUACUUUUUAUGGAAACUGGUCAGAGAAAUCACAUCCAAAAGAUUAUCCACGACGAGCUAACCACUGGUCUGCAAUUAUUGGUGGAUCUCAUUCCAAAAAUUAUGUUCUUUGGGAGUAUGGAGGAUAUGCAAGUGAAGGAGUGAAGCAAGUUGCAGAGCUGGGAUCACCAGUUAAAAUGGAAGAAGAAAUUAGGCAACAGACUGAUGAGGUCACUUAA